AUCAGCUGUUUUAAUUGAUAAACAAACUUAAAAAUCAAGUGACCGGUGUAAAUUUGUAUAUUUGUAGAUGGCGUGGCAUUUAAAAUAUAAAUAAUGAAAAUUACUACGAUUAACUCUGAACUUUUAGCUGCAAUAAGUGCAGCUAUAGCUGUAAGAGCUAUUGUAUCGUUGUAUUCUUAUUCUGGACAGGGGAAACCACCAAUGUAUGGCGAUUACGAGGCACAACGGCAUUGGCAAGAAAUCACAACAAACUUGGAGCCUAAAGAUUGGUACAGAAACACAAAUGAUAAUGACUUAUUGUAUUGGGGACUAGAUUAUCCGCCUAUAACAGCGUAUCACAGUUAUUUACUGGGUAUCAUUGCCAACAAAUACAAUGAGAGCUUUGUUGAAUUGACGAAAUCACGAGGUGUCGAAUCUGAAGCACACAAAAUAUUUAUGCGUUUGAGCGUAUUGUUUGCGGAUAUUGUAAUAUAUCUGCCAGCUUUGAUAAUACUUUAUUUAGUGAUUGUUAAUCAGCAAAGUAAGAAAUCAUUGCUGGUAUACCUUAUACCCAUGAUUUUGUAUCCUGGACAAAUUCUCAUUGAUAACGGACACUUUCAGUACAAUAACAUAUCGCUUGGCUUAUUUUUGUUUGCUAUAGCUGCUAUAUGCAAAGAAAAGCAUUAUUUAGGCGCAUUCGUGUACACCUUAGCUUUGAACUAUAAACAAAUGGAGCUUUAUCAUGCCUUUCCCAUUUUCAUUUAUCUACUCCGCACAUGCUUUGAUCAAAAGAGUUUUUCACAAAAGAUUAAAAACUUCUUAUAUAUAGCGGGAAUUGUUGUAAGCACUUUCGUUAUUUUGUGGCUACCUUGGCUAGGUUCAUUGAGCUCAAUUUUAGAGGUGGUGGGACGUCUCUUUCCUAUUGGACGUGGUGUAUUUGAAGAUAAAGUUUCAAACUUUUGGUGUGUCAUCAAUGUGGUUUACAAAAUAAAAAACAAAUUGUUAAAUCAACAAAUGGCCAUGCUGUGCUUAGGUGUUACUGCGGCUUUUGUGCUGCCACUUAAUGUGCAUCUCUUCUUCAAUAAAAGGAAAGAAACUUUUCUGCUGUGUUUGAUGAGCACCGCCAUGGCAUUUUAUUUGUUUUCAUUCCAGGUGCAUGAAAAGUCUAUACUUCUUGUCGCUGCGCCCGCAUUUUGUUUAUUAAAUAGGUAUCUACUGGAAACUUUAUGGUUUUUGGAAGUUACCAUGUUCAGCAUGUUUCCGCUAUUUGUUAAAGAUGGCCUGACAAUUCCAUAUUUUGUGCUAUUGUUUCUAUAUCAUGUCUAUGUUAAAAAUAUUGUUUUGAAAAAAUUUAGUGAGCGACAAUUUAAAAGCAAUCUUGUGUCAGAUAUAUAUUCUGUGUCUGUUUAUACCAUGUUCAUAAUUUCAUGUGUGUCGCUGUUUGCACCUGCUCCUGCAAAAUAUCCACACAUUUGGUCAUUACUGAUUAGUGUUUAUAGUUUUGCGCAUUUCUUUCUAUAUUUUUGUUUUUGUAUCUGGCAACAAUUUGUAAAUGAUUUUACAAAAAUAAAAACUAAUUGAAUAAAAAAAAAAUUAAUGAAAUAUAUAAAAAUAUUUAUGUUAAAUAUUUAUCAAUUGUUUAAAGAAAUAUAUGAAAAAAAAAAUAAAUUAUUUACAGCAUAAAUUCAGUCAAAUAAGUACCCGGAAAUUCUCAUUUCAAUGUUUUUUUUUUUUUGUAUUAUUAAACUACAUAAAUUUUUAAUAACUAUUAAAAAAUUAAAAUCUGAAUUUAUAUUGUCCUCGUAUAAAUAGUUGCAUCCCAAAAAUUAAAUGAGCGUAUUCUUUACACCCUGUGUUUCAAUUCCUAUUGGAGUUCGCGUAUACAACAACUUGUCAUGACGAAUUUUUUUCCGGUGCCCUACCUACGUGUCCAAAGCAAAAUGAAAACUAGCCGGUGUUCAAUUUUAUUAAUAUUAAUUUUCUACACAAUUUGCCUUACACAGGCAAAAAUUAUUAAUAAGAAUGUCGAGCGUUCGUUGGAUAUAUCAACUCAGCUAGUUAAGGAGCUUAUUAAAAUAACGGCUACCAA